AUGGCCGCGCGGCGCGAGGGCGAGGCCGCGCCCCGGGCCGGGCGCGCGGGCGCCGCGCUGCCGCCCGCGGGGGAGCCCCUGCAGGUGGUGCAACUCGGGGCCUCCCCAGAGGGGGAGACCCGGGUCGUCCUCGUGGACGAGAACCUGGCGAGGAUCGCCAAGAGUCUGGAAGCCGCCGGCGUCCAGGACGUCUCGAUCGUCGCCAUCAUGGGCAAGUUCCGCAUCGGCAAGAGCUUCCUGAUGAAUCUGGUGAUCCGCUACCUGAACUGGAGGGCGGCCGGCAACACGGACCAGCCGCCCCGCUGGGAUUGGACGCUCGGAUCGGGCACCUGCGCGCCGCCGCGGUGGGCGGGCUCCGAGCCCGCCGGCGGCGAGGUCGCGAGCGGCCAGCGCUCGGUGUUCGCCUCGAGGCAGGACCGCAAGACGGUGACGCUCGGCAUCUG